AUGCUGCCGAAGAACGAUAAGAAGAAGAAAGAUGCUGGCAAGUCGGCUAAGAAGGACAAGGACCCGGUAAACAAGUCUGAGGGCAAAGCUAAGAAGAAGAAGUGGUCCAAGGGAAAAGUGCGAGACAAGCUCAACAGUCUGGUCCUGUUUGACAAAGCAACAUAUGACAAACUCUGCAAGGAGGUCCCCAACUAUAAACUUAUCACCCCUGCAGUGGUCUCAGAAAGACUGAAGAUUCUCCAGGAACUGGUUAGUAAAGGUCUGAUUAAGCUACUUUCCAAACACAGAGCACAAGUGAUAUAUACUAGGAACACCACAGGUAGAGAUCCAGCUGCUGAAGAUGCAUGA